AUGGCCUUAUUCAACAUCGCGCUUUCGUUCUUGGUCUUACAUCCUGGGCUCGUCCAAGGUCAAGAUGAUCUCGGUCUGAGUAAUGGCUACACCACCUUCGCGGCUGUGAGCCUGAAGGGCGAAAUUGUCAAAAGCUCUCAGACACUCGCCUCUUUAAAUUCAACCGGGAACGAGUUCGAUUUUCUUCCAUCCGACCGACUUGGCCAACUGGCCUUCAACGGUGCUCAUCACCUGGGCGAUAUCACACUUCGUUACCGCACGUCAACUGGCGGAGCGUGGACCAGCAUCGACUCUGCGAGCGAACGUAAGCCCGUCACAGCACUGAACCGAACUAGUCAGGGUGUCAUUGCCGCUGCAGAUUUGGCACCCACCCUGCCCAGCAACCUUCCUGUCAAGGUCAUCCGGGAAUGGCUUCAGUAUGACGACGACUUUGCUGUACGAUUCAAUAUCACAAAUGAUGGAAACGAGACCGUAGAGUUGGGAAGUCUCGGUCUGCCAGUCAGCAUCAACAACAUCUUUACUGACAAAUCUGCCGAAGAUACUGCAGCCCAGUGCGCCCUCGCUGACCCUUACAUUGGCCUCGAUGCAGGCUAUGUGCGUGUCUCACAUCUGGAAGGUACCGGUAAUGCUCUAGUCAUCACGCCGAUUGGAGCGACCAAAUUUGAGGCUUGGAGGUUUCUGGAGGAGCCCGAUGGCAAUUUCGGCUAUCAAUCACAGACCUUCGAAGGAAACUACGAGUGGCAGAUCCACACUCUCGCCUAUGCACAGAAUGAGUGGAAUGAUAGCGUACCUUGGAACGAACCUACCUCGAAAACUCUACAAAAUGGAGAGACAUACUCAGUUGGACUCCGUUUCUCAGUUGCAGAGAAGAUCCAGACCAUUGAAGACACUGUUGUCAAAACUGGAUCUCCUCUUGCAGUAGGCAUUCCAGGCUACAUAAUCCCAGCCGACUCCUCAGCUCGCCUGUACCUCACCCAUACCUCACCGGUCAAGAAAAUCGACGCUGAAGGUGCUUUUACUAUUACGAAGCUCUCUUCGUCCGACUCUGCAUACAAGCUUACACCGGUACCUUUAGCAUGGGGACGAGCUCGCGUGACGAUUAAAUACGAGGAUGGCAAGACACAGACAGUUCACUACAAGAUCACCAAAGCAGCGCCGUCCGCACUUGCCGAUAUGGCCCACUUUUUCUCGACUGCAGCUCACUUCAACAACACUUCGGACCCAUUCUUCCGCGCACCAUCAAUCAUGACUUACGACCGUUCAGUUGACAAGAUCGUUGAGCAAGACGAGCGCGUUUGGUUUGCCGGAAUCAGUGAUGAAGCUGGUACUGGAGCAUACCUAGCGACCGCCAUGAAGCAGUCUGCCCAACCUAACGCAGACGAAGUAUCUGUCGUAGAUGAGUUCGUGCAUAAAACUAUGGUGGGCACUCUGCAGCAGAACGAUACCUUCGGUGUCGUCGCUAGCGCGUUCUACUAUGAGCCAGGUGUUGUCAACUACACUUACGACGAUUCAAUCGACUGGAAUACCUGGGCGGCUUGGGAUAAGGCGCGGGCAUAUACCACACGCCGAGCCUACAACUACAUCCACCCGGUGGCCACAUACUGGUCACUUUACCGAACCGCCAGAAACUUUCCUGACACGAAACUUCGAGCUGAGUGGUCGUGGUACCUUGGUCGUGCGUUUAACACCACUCAGUACUGCUUGUCCGACGAAGGUGCAAACUGCGACUACGCUCUUGUUGGACUGAUGGGCGAAUGGGUCCUCGGUGAGCUUCUCAAGGACCUCAAGCGCGAAAGCAUGACCAGGGAAGCCUCCGCUCUCGAAGACUCAAUGCGCUUCCGCGCCAACCACUGGGAGACCCAAGCCAUCCCCUUUGGGAGUGAGAUGGCGUGGGACAGUACCGGCCAGGAAGGUGUCUAUUACUGGACCGACUACUUCAACUUCCCCAACACGCCCGCCAAAGCCAUCAACAGCAUCCUCGCCUACAUGCCGACUGUUGCUCACUGGGGCUGGAACGGCAAUGCGCGCCGCUACUGGGACUUCGUCUACGGCGCUAAGAUCCAACAGAUCGAGCGCCAGAUCCACCACUACGGUUCCGGUCUCAAUUCGCUGCCUAUGCUGCACUCGUAUGAGCAGAAUCCGAAGGAUAACCUUUACGCUCUUCGCAUUGGAUUCGCAGGUAACACCGCACCCAUCACCAACAUCGACAAGGGCGGUUUCGCAUCGGCGGCGUUUCACUCUUUUCCCGAGCUCUUGGAGUGGGAUCCCUACUCUGGCGACUACGGGCAGGGCUUCUUGGGUCUUGCUCUCGGACAAACCGUCUACAUCGUCAAAGAUAGUAAGUUCGGCGUCCAGGCUUUCGGAGGCGACAUUGAUGAGACGACGUCCACUGCUUCAUCGACUGUUGUUGCGCCCAAGGAUGCGGUGAGGAAGCGCGUAUUCGUUGCUGAUUUGGGUCUGAAGGCUGAGAUCAGCGCUGGUGCGAUCACGGAGAUCGUAUACAAUGAGGCUACGCAGAAGCUGGGCCUGAAGAUCGCACCUGCUGUGUCCGAUAAGGCACUGCGGGCUAAGUCUGCGAUUGUCUGGCUGGAGCAACCUGGCUUAAGCACUGUUGGCUUUACCGUUGCGGGCGCCAAGCAAGAGCGUGGUGGCUUUGCAGUCGAUCUCUCAAGUGGUAGCGCAACGGUUGAGAUCAUCAAGUCGUGA